AUGGAGGGAGAGGGAUGGUCCCUGGCCAAGCAGACUUGUCUGCAGGCAGUCCUCUGGGACCCCAGGGGCUGUGAUGGCCUGGUGGGGCUGGAGGAAGAGCAGGUCCACGUUUGCCAGCAGGAGGUGGAAGCCGUGGAGGCGGUGAAGCGAGGCACAGAGCUGGCUGUCCUUGAGUGCCAGCACCAGUUUCACUCUUGCUGCGGGAACUGCUCCACCCUGCAAGGGCCAGUCUUUGGCAAGGCCACCAUCCAAGGCACAUGGGGACCUGCUUUCAUCCCCGCCAUCUCCACUGCUGGCACUGCUUUUGCUGUGAGCCGUGUCUGCAGCUGGGGGCAGCUGCACAGGUAUGGCUGCGACCUCAAGGUCCGAGGAGUGAGCCCUGAAGGUUUCCAGUGGUCAGGCUGCUCUGAUCACCUGUCUCACAGGAUUGCCUUCUCUCAGGCCUUCGUGGGCAGUCCUGAGAGGAGCCACGGUGUCUCCUCCAGCCGAGCGCUCAUGAUGCACAACAAUGAGGCUGGGAGGAAGGCUCCCCUGACCCUCACGAAGGUGCAGUGUAAGUGCCACGGCCGCCAGUGCGAGCGGGCACGGCCGGCCCGGGCCGGCUGCGGGCCGCUGUGCUGA